CAACCAUACGACAAACUCGAUACUCUAAUUUUAUUCACUCUCUAUCUAUUUAACAUUGUUCCUUCAAAAUGAAUCCCUCAGCCUCCGUCUCCGAUGGCCAGGUCGAACACUUCACCUUCUCCUCCACCAUUCAGCCACCUGCCUCCUCUAAAACUCAUUUCCUCGGUGGCGCUGGGGUGAGAGGUUUGGAAAUUCAAGGCAAGUUCGUGAAAUUCACGGCAAUCGGAGUGUAUGUUGAGUAUAGCGCCGUGACGUCACUUGCCGGCAAGUGGAAGGGCAAGAGUGCCGAAGAGUUAUCUGAAUCUGUUGCGUUCUUUAGAGAUAUCAUUACUGGCCCCUUCGAGAAAUUUGUUAGAGUGACAAUGAUCUUGCCAUUAACCGGUCAACAAUACUCGGAGAAAGUUGCAGAAAAUUGCGUCGCCAUUUGGAAAUCACUUGGACGUUACACUGACGCCGAAUCAAAAGCCAUUGAGCAAUUUAUUAAGGUCUUCAAGGACGAAAACUUCCCACCUGGCGCUUCAAUUCUAUUCACAAUAUCACCCCUCGGAUCAUUGACAAUUGGGUUCUCGAAGGAUGAAUGUAUAAGGGAAUCUGGAGAGGUGGUGAUAGACAAUAAACUACUUGCAGAGUCAGUUUUGGAGUCAAUUAUUGGGAAAAAUGGUGUUUCUCCGGCAGCAAAGAAGAAUUUGGCUGAAAGGUUUUCAAUAUUGUUGAAUGGAGAAGUGAAAUCUGAAGCAGACCACUGUGCUAAAGAAUUCAAAGGAGUGGAUACUAAUUUCAUCCAAGUUGAAACCGGAAAAGUGUGAAGAGACCGGCGUCGUUUUAUCUCUGGUUCAUAAUAAUGUUAAUGUUUAAUUCUCAACUCUUGUGAUGGGCUUGCCUGAGAAUGGAGUCCUUUUUUCAGAUA